AUGAGUUCCAAGAUCACGUACUCUCUUGAAGAGCUCUUGAGCCUUCAGUCGAAAGGCGUCAUUUUUCGAGAUACUACACUUCCUGACAAGGAAUUCUGGAGGUUCAAUGCAAAACUCAUAUCCAAACUCAAUGUUGGAUUGAAUCGGGGAAACCAAAAAAGUCACAACAAUUUAAAAAAGAAGACUCCCUAUAAACCUCUUGCUGAGGAAAACUCUGAGGAAGAAGUUCCGGAAUGGCUGAAUGAGACAGAUUUCCAAGUGGACAGCACUUUCGUUGGCUACAGUAGUAUCGGAUCCCAUACUUAUGAAGACUUCGAACGGGAAAAAAGAGAGUAUCACAUGAAAAAUGGCUAUUACGAUCAGCUUAAGCACGACGAGAACGUGAAGUCAAACCCAGCGGAUGAAGAUCACGCCUUGAGGGAGGGGAAAACAUCGUCUUCAUCUGCAGAAGAUAACCAAUUUGAUAAGGAGCUAGAGCUAAAGGACCAUCUUAAUCGGCAAUUUUUUGACAAUCUACUCAAAAGCAACCUAGAGUCAAAGCAGGACAUCUCUCAAGCUUUGCCACAACCAACUAUACAGGCAAGAACCCCAGAAACAUCCAAGUUUGAGCGAUUAUUUCAGUCUAAUAAUAGUUUGGAGUUGCCUAGUCAAGGUCCACAAUCCAAUUUCGCACCGCCACACUCUUCUCAAACCUAUGCUCCGCAAUAUGAAAGGCCCCGUAACACCUCUGCCCCACCUUCUGUGCCGCCUUAUGGAGCAAUGCUGCCUCCUGGUUUACCGAUAGGCCAUCAGCAGAGUCAGAGAUUUCCAGGUGCGCCCCUGGAUUUCAAUCCAGCAGGUCUGCCGCCGCCUCCGCCUGAAUUAUUGAAACUUAUUCAAGAAGGCAAACUGCCUCCUUUACCGGGAAUGUUUCCUGGAGUGACAGGUUCCAAUCCUCAGAUUCCUCCACAAUUUCCUGCAUUGUCUAAUUUUCCAGGGGCUCCCCAACAUCCGUCGAUGCCUCCCCCACCAGAGUUUAGCUUUCCCGUGGGUGCUCAGAAUUUAGUGAAUCUCAACGACCCCCGUGUUAAUUUGAGGAACUUGCCCAGGCCCCCACCUCCCCCUGGUUUGAUGCAAUUUCCUCAGUUUCCCCACCAAAAUGAUUAUUCCCAUGGCAAUCGUGGGCCAUCUACCUAA